AGUCAUCUGACUCUUAAAGUGUAAAUAGUAAAUAUCUAAACUAUAAAUAUAAUAAAUUAUUAUUAUAAUACACUGGCAAUGAUUAAAGAUUUAAACAAAUAACAAUAAUUACAGAACUAGUAGCCGUUAAUUUGUGAUUAGUGUUUACUGUACUAUACUUGUGUAUAAUCAUGCUUAUUAUUUUGUCAAAUUAUUCAAUGCACCGUUUAUAACAGAUUUGUGAAGUCAUAAAGAUAUGUGAAUAUUUAGUGCAAGAAGUGUUCGGUGUUCCACCAUUUUGUGGUUUUCCUUAAUUUUACAUUGGUUAAUUUCAAUUAAUUAUUACUAUUAACAAUUUAUACAACACGAUGUGCAUUAAAGAAUGUGCACCCUGUGUGACAAGUAGUGAGUGUGUAUUUCAGUUGGAUAAUAACGACAAUGCUGAUGGAAAUUUGUCUGAGGAGAACAACGACUCGAGUGAUGAAAGUAAAGCAUCGUUGGUGACACAAAAGUUGGCUAAAGAAAAAAUUUUACUAGUAAUUGACACCUCUGCUGAUCCAUCUAUGUCAAACCCUUCAACCUUAGCUGUAAUAUUACAGUGUUUUCGUCAACUGAGUAUUUUAAAAAACCGCCAAAUUCCUGAUAACCAAUUUGCAGUUUGUACCAUUAACAAUUAUUCUUAUACUAACGUGUCUGAUUUUACAACUGAUACAGAAGCACUAUCUCGAAAACUUCAUUCUGUUAAUUCUUUAUGUCAACAACCCGGUAAUUAUUGUCCGUAUUAUAAAUUUGAUGGGUUGUUAGAUUUUGUUACUCGAAAAUACGCUGAUAAUAUGACUCAAAAAGACGAAGACUACAUAUUUAGAGUAAUUUUAACUUACAAUAGAGAUUACUGUCUACCACAUAUUAAUGAAAUCUCUCCUAUAACAAAGAGCAUACUUCGAUCUCCAAGGUUUUAUUUUGAUUUUAUCCACAUCAGUGCAUUUGAAAUUAAUAAUAGAACUCAAUUAGUAUUUGAUCAACUAGCUGUCCUAUGUAACCCUUGGUCUUAUAAAUUAAAGGCUGAACGAAAUCCGUUGUCUAUUAUAAGUACUGUUUGUGAAUUUCUUAUGCAUCCAAUGGCUAGAGAUACAACUAUCAUUUAGAAUUAUAUCAUGUUCAUUAAUAUGAUGUUCAAGGCCAUAAAUUAGGUUUAUUCCUACAUACUCAAUAAUUUAAAAACAUUUUUUUUUAUAUGUACACCUUAUUGAACAAUGAAUACAAAAUAUCCAGCAAGUAGUUUAUUUCACUGUACUUAUAAUUUUUUUUUUAAAACAUCAAACAUGUAAUUUUGUAUAAAGCUAAGUUGUUUUAAAUUAAAUACAUGUAUUCAAAUUUAUUUGACUGAUUUUCUAUAAUACAAAGCUUAUAAUAUAUUUUCAUCCCUGAACGUAUAUUUUAUGUAAGAUUUGUUUUUUAAUUUUUAUAUAUAUAGGGAACAUAUAAUAUAUUAAUAUGCAAUACUUAUGGUAUUGCUAGUUAAACAAGACCUGUCCAAACAAUUUUUUCAAAAACUAUGUGAAGAAACUAGAGCAGAGCACACCGUGUUAAAAUGUUAUUGUAAUUUUAGACGACUAUCAAAGAGUAACAUACUUGUACGAGUAUUUGAACUUAAAAA